UGUACGCGCGAGAACAGACGGCCAAAGAAUCAGAGACCGGCAGUAGCGCGCGCACGAAAGAGAGAGAGAGAGAGAGGUAGGGCGGGGGAACAACUUUGAGGAGAGGUUGGUGCCGCUUCGGCUUCAUCUUCGCUUUCGGCUGUCUUGAGACCACCAACCGUCACCACGUACCAGUUGCUGUUAGCGUGUACCGGCCGUCAGCUGUGUGGCCCCUCCGGUAGUGGCCCUGAACGUGACAUUGUGACGUCGCUCGCUCUCUCUAGCUCUCUCCCUCUCUCUCUCUGUGUGUGCGAGUCUCUGACUUAGUAUCCUCGUAGCUAGCUCGUAUGGGCUUCUAUCUCGCAAGACAAUGGCACAAGGUAUUGAAUUGACAGCACGAGGAGGAGCACGCGGAGGUUGGUGGAGGUGUCGGUGUGUGACGCCGGUGGUGGUGUUGCUGGUACUGGUAGCGAUCCCCGGACACGGUCAGGAGGUGAACGGGCUCGGUUACACCUACUGCCAGCCGAGCCUGUGCCAGGGCGGCCAGCAGGAGCACGUCGGCUGCUACUCGGAGUACCCGUUCGGGAAGGCGUGCCAGGGUCGGAAGCCGGAGCUCGUACCGAUGACACCGGAGCGGAAGGCGGCCCUGCUCGAUCAGCACAACCGGCAGCGGCAACGGUUGGCGCUCGGGCAGCUGCCCGGUUACCAGCAGGCGUACGCGAUGCCCCAGCUCUACUGGGACCACGAGCUCCAGUGGCUGGCCGAGCUGAAUGCACGCUCGUGCGUGUACGCACACGACCACUGCCGGAACACGCCGACAUUCCCGCGCGUCGGCCAGAACAUUGCCAUCAUACGGCACUUCGGGCUGAACGUGACCAAGGACGAGGUGGCCCGGUACAUCGUGAACCACUGGUUCGACGAGUACCCGCUGGCGUACGGCUUCGUCGAUCGCUAUCCGGACGCGUACGUCGGUCCGGACUUUGCCCACUUCACCCAGAUCGCCAACGAUCGGGCGGUGCGGAUGGCGUGCGGUAUGGUAUCCUGGCAGACGUACAAUGGGUACGUCUGGACGCACGACUACCUCGUCUGCAACUACUCCUACUCGAACGUGAUCGGUGAGAAGUCGUACACCAAGGGACCGACGAUGAGCGGCUGCCCCUACGGUCCCAGCCCGUACUACGAUGGACUCUGUCGAUGAGGAGGAUGCGCGCCACGCUGAGCGGACGAUAUCAAUCCUUCCUCCACCCCCGCCGCCGAAGACCCUCGCAAUCGCAAUCCACUAUCAACGAAUUCUAGAUGACAUUACGCGUGCGCGUGUGUGUGUGUGUGUGUGUGUGUGUAGGUUUGAGCAUUUGUUUUGUUUGCACAACUGAAUAAACGGUAAAAGCGAGGGCAGCAAUAAUUCUUGCU